GAGAGAGAGAGAGAGAGAUGGCAGGAGCGUUCUGGGGAACUCGAGUGAUGGAAAUAGUGAAGAAGCAUGAUUCCGGAGGUCUGGUCUGGAAGAGAAUAAAGCUCACCUCCACUCGUAAGGCCAACGCCAAGAAGCGUCUUCUCCGUGUUUGGCAGAAUGAGGCUGUCCUGAAAGCGUGUUCUGAACAACCUCCUUCAAAAACUGCCGCUGAAGUUGGUGAAAAGACGAAAGGAGUAGUCAAGGAAUGACUAAGCGCACUUGGUGAAGCUUGGAAGUAGUAGUUUUGGUGAUCAUCCCCUGCAAAAUGCCUUUCCCCCCCUUAUUUUGAGAUGUUUGGCAUAAACUUUAAGUUAGGCAUUAAAAAACCCCAAUUUUGAUCUUUAUGUUUGUAGAAUUCUCAAGAGUAUUAUGUAUUCAUUCUUUCAGUAUUGCAUUGUAUGGCAGCUCCUGAAGUUGUUGGACAAAUUCCAAUCAUAAUCAUGGCUGGUUAGGACAACUCUCUUGGAACUUAACUACUAAUACAAA